AUGCAUAUCCUUAUCAUCGGAGGAAGUGGCCGCACUGGAAAGCUCACUAUUUUUGAGCUUCUACGUCAAGGACACCAUGUCACAGCAUUGGUUCGUAACCCAGUCUCGAUGGACGAGUUCCCAGACGUGAAUGUAGUCGAAGGGACUCCAACAAAUAUCGAAAACAUACGAGAUGCCUUCAAAAUACAAACACCAGACGCGGUAGUCGUGACUCUUAGUGCCCCAAGAGCCUCUGACAGUCCAUUCGCUGCCCCGAUCUCUCCACCACGUCUGAUGGCUGACAGCAAUGCCAAUGUAGUAUCCGUCAUGAAGGAGUUCAAAGUUUUAAAAAUCGUUAUUCUACAGGCCUUUGGAGUGGGCGCUUCGUGGGAUAAUAUGCCCUGCCUGAUGAGGGGACUGAUGAGCAUGUCCAACAUGAGCUACCAAUACACCGAUCACAACCAUACUGACCGUGAAGUCCGCCAAAGUGGUGUUACUUAUGUGAUGGUGCGACCUUCGCGCUUAGUGGAGAGUGACGCUAUGGAUUUACGAGAGUGGCCAAAUGAUGGGAAGGGUGUGCCAAUGAUGGGGUCUGCAAGCCGGAAGAGUGUUGCUUCUUUUUUGGUUGAUACAGCUGCUCAAACAAAGUGGGAUAACUCUUGUCCUGUGAUCACAAAUUGA